AUGACUCUGUCCUUGUUCCCCUCCUCCCUUCCACCCAGCCAUCCACUGGAAGCUAAUCAUCAUGUUGGUGCGACCCCUACCGCCGGAACCACCCUCAGCUCUGCACCUGCUGCAGCAGAACCGCUGUACGGCGGAGGUGUGACCGCGCGAGGUGUGGCAGGCGGCGGUUUCACAGGCGGAGGCGGAGGUGUGACAGGCGGAAGUAUCACAGGCGGAGGCGGAGGUGUGACAGGUGGCGGUAUCACAGGCGGAGGUGUGACGUUCGAAGAUAAUCACUUACUUAAGAUCCUGGAGGACGGGUCAAGAACCGGCGAGCUUCUAGCCACUAAGAACCACGGCCGCCUCACCCACUACCUCUCCCAAGCCUCGGGGCUCCUCUCCAGCCUCGGCAGGCAGAGCGCCAGCGCCAACCCGGGCCUGCUUGCCAGCCUCGGUGGCGACCCUCGUGGUUCGUUGUCCAAUCAGGGUCGGACAAUUGGUUUUGGCAGUACACUGGGUGCGGAUCCUGCUGCUGCUGCGGCUGCGGCUGCUGCUGCUGCUGCUGCUGCUGCUGCUCCUGCUACGACUGCGGCUGUUGCCACGCUUGCUGCUGCUUCUGCGUCGCCUGCUCCCAGCGCACAGGAAAUUUCGGGCAAGGGGGGUCCCAUGUCAAAGCUGCUAGACGUGGCGGCAGCAGCAGCAGCUGCAGCAGUGGUCAUGGCAGCAGCGGCUGUCAGAGAGGAAACGGAAUCCGUUGAACUCCCCGCAGUAUCUGCCGCCUCUGCUCCAGCUGCCACCUCUGCUCCAGCUGCCACCUCUGCUCCAGCUGCCGCGUCUGCUCCUGCCGCUACUUCUGCCCGUGCCACACCUACUGCUGGUGCAGCCUCCGAUCACUUUUCUGGUGCCACUGCCAUUUCUGGGGGCAUUGGUGAUUCUGGUGCUGCGACGCUAAGGUCUACGUCUUCCCCCGCGCCAGCUGUCACUCCAACCGUGGUGAACCUUCCAGGUGCAGCAGCAGCAACCCUUGUGCCUCCAUCCGCUCCUCUUCCUCCUCCUCUUCCUCUUCCUCCUGACGUUGCUCCUAUGCCAUAUCGACCAGCCGCUGCGCCUUUACCAGCUGGUGCCUUUGCACCCACUGCAACUCCUCCGCUUGCUGCCUCUACUCCUAAUCCAGCUCCCAGCGCUUUCCCUUUCGAAGCGCUCGCCCAGUCUCUCACCCUUGGGGGGCUUCAAUCCCAGCCCAGCCUCUCCUCUCUCCCCGCCCUCCUGGCUGCUAUCUCCGCCCUCCAGCAAAGAAAGAGCCUGCAGCAAGCCGCAGCACCUGCAUCAGAGCAUCAGGGCGCGAGCAGCGGAUCAGCAGCACCAGCAGCAGCAGGGCAACCCCCCGUGUGGCACGGCAGCCGCAGGCAGAGAUUUCUGGCCCGGCAGGAAUCAGCAUCUGCAGAGGCACUAGACGCGUCUAUCAACCCUAAUUUCACCUCCUCCCGCCUUCGGCGGCUUUGCUCGGCUGAAGCCGGGUUCGAGACGCCGCAGACCGUUGGAUCGUCGUCCUCGCGGCUGCGACGGCUGGGAUCGGCGGAGGGGUCGCGCCGGCUGGGGGAUGCCCUGGGGGGAGGUGGGACUGGGAGAGGGGGAGGGGGUAGUGGGGGAGGGACAGGGGGGAGUGGGGGAGGCACAGGGGGGAGUGGGGGAAGUGGGACUGGAGCAGUGGGGAGUGGAAGAAGUGGGGCCGGGGCAGGAGGUGGGAGCGGGGGAGGGGCGGGGGGGAGUGGAGGAGGUGCAGGGGCAGGGAGAAGCGGGGGAGGGACAGGGGGAAGUGGGGGAGGGGCAGUGGGAAGUGGUGGAGGGGUAGUGGGAAGUGGAGGAGGGAUAGGGGGAAGUGGGGUAGCGGCAGGGGGGAGUGGGGGAGCGGCAGGAGGAAGUGGGGGAGCGGCAGGGGGAAGUGGGGAUGGGGCAUGCGGAAGUGGGGGAGGGGCAGGGGCUAUUGCGGGAGGGCCAAGUAUAGGCCGCCUCAACUUUCAGGGCGCUGCUUCUUCUGCCUCUGCCAUCCCUCCGCCCCCUCCUGCCUUUCCGCAGGGAGACCAUCGUCCCGGGGGGAUAGAAAGUGGGGGGUUGCAAAGGCUGGGAUUGCAAAGGGCAGGACCCAGCAUAGACCGUUUGAAUCUGGAGGCAGCUGGGAUGGCUUCCCGUGCUGCCGCACUGCAGAGAGCAGGGCCGAGCAUCGGCUCUUUGAGUUUUCAAGGGGAAAUACCCCUCUACAGGGGAGGCUCCGUUACUGGAGAUAUCUCUCUACAGAGGGAGAGGGGAGGUUUGGCUUCAGGGGAGGCUGCGCUUUACAGAAGGGGUUCGCUUACAGGGGAAGUCCCACUCCAGAGACUAGGUAGUGUGAGCGGCCCUUGGGAGCAGGGAGGAGGGGAGAGAGAGGUAAGGGAUGGCAGGAUAGUAGAAGGGCUAGAGACUGGAUUGGGGAGGGGAGAAGGGGGCGGGUCUGAGGGAGUGGGGAGUGGGGUAAAGCGGGCAUACGGCAGCAUGCAGGUCAAUGGGGAAGGUGGAGAGAGAGAGGGGAAGAGGGCCAAGGGCUUGAUACGCAGCAGUGGCGCUGGCAACAUGGCUGAUACUGCUGGUCCCGAAUGUGAUGCUGCUGCUGCUGCUGCUGCUGCUGCUGCUGCUGUCGGCGGCAGUGUCCCGUUCUAUGGUGGUACUGUUGCUGCUCCUGGUGGGUUCUUCAGCGGGAGACGAGUAGACGACACACCAACCUCCCCUCCGCGGCCGCUCUUCUCCUUCCCCUCCGUCUCCCUCUCUCUUGACGACAUCCCUUCAGCCGUCCCUGCCACUGCUGCCACCGGAGCUAUCGAUAAAGCCGAAGCUGGCCUCCGCCCCGCCGGACACAGGCCGUCAGGCUUGGGAAACUCAGGCUCGGCAGGUGCAGGAACAGGGGACUUUGGCUUGGGAAGUCCAGGUCUGGAGAGUGGAAAUCUGGAACAGAGGGCGAGCAUGGGGUGUGAAGCUAACAGCAUGGGGAUUUUCAAGGGUGGAGGAGUGGGAACGGGGACUGGCAUGGACAUGGGGGUCGCUCGUUCCAGUAGGGUUGGCGGGCUGCUCCCAUCGAGUGGCUUUACUGGCAGUGGAUUGGGCGGCAGCAGGCUGGCCGGCAGCAGGAUGGGCAGCGGUGGGCUGGCCGGCAGUGGGUUGGGCGGCGGGGGCCUGGGCGGCGGCGGUGGCGGGCUGGGCGGCGGGUCGCGGUUGGCUCGUAGCUUUGUGUGGAGCAAGGAUCAGCUGAAGGAGAUCGAGCAGAUGAAAGAAGCCAUGGCUGACAUGGAGCAGGAGGGGGAGCCGGGAGGUGCGGCACGGGACGCACAGGUUGGGGACGCACGAGCAGGGGAGGUGCGAGUAGGGGAGGCGCGAGCAGGGGAGGUGCGAGUAGGGGAGGCGCGAGCAGGGGAGGUGCGAGUAGGGGAGGCGCGAGCAGGGGAGGUGCGAGUAGGGGAGGCGCGAGCAGGGGAGGUGCGAAUAGGGGAGGCGCGAGCAGGGGAGGUGCGAGUAGGGGAGGCGCGAGCAGGGGAGGUGCGAAUAGGGGAGGCGCGAGCAGGGGAGGUGCGAAUAGGGGAGGCGCGAGCAGGGGACGCACGGUUAAGGUUAGGGGCAUGGUCAGGAGCAGGUGCGGGGGGAGGAGAGGGAGGGAGCAGCGGCGAAGGGGCCAGAGCAGCGGCAGCAGCGUGGGCCGGUGCAGAUGCCUCUGCUGGCGGGGCACUGGCUGGAGAAGGGAGUGGGAGGCGCUUGGAGAGAGGAAGAAGCGGAGUGGGGAAGAGUGAAGCAUGGGAGGGGUUUCAGAGAGGAGACAGCUUGGGGGAACUGAGGGGAAACAGCUCUGGGCUGGACUUGUAUUCGUUGGAUGGGGUGGGCGAUGAGGGGCAGGCAGGGGGCGGCAGGGAUGAGGGAAGGUGGGGGAGCGAUGGUGGUGAUGAUGGUGAGGGGAUGGAGGGUGAGGGGAUGGAGGGUGAGGGGAUGGAGGAGGAUGAUAGACUGGAUGGGAAUGGUUUCAAUGGCCAGGGUUACAAUGGGCGGAUGGAAGGGAGUGAUCUGCGCAGGCGGAUGGAGGGGAAUGGGUUGGGCGGGGCAAUGGACGGGUCCAAAAGCGCCGGAAUGGACAGUACUGCCUCCAUUCCCUUCCCCUCACUGCUUUUCCUCAUCCCCCGCUCCCCACUAGUUUCCACUCCCGCGACCACACAACACCGCUCUUACUCUCGUUCACCGCUUGCUUCCCCAUCCUCCCCACAAAGCACCGUUACAAAAGAGGAGGGAGCAGCUGAUGCGGCACAUCAGGGCGCUGGAGAGGCUGGUGCCGCAGAGGGCUCGCAGCAACCCCACAGGAACAUCCCUCCACCCCCCAAGCGGAGGGAGCGGCUGACGCGGCACAUCCGGGCACUAGAGAAGCUGGUGCCGCAGAGAGCUCGCAGCGAUGCAGCCUCUGUUCUCGAGUCCGCCAUCUCCUUCAUCAAACGGCUCUCCCGGGAGAACCAGGUGCGUAAGCUGGUCCCUCAUUUUGCAGAUGCCCGAUCUGGAGACAUUUGUUUUUUUUUUUUCUGUCUCACGAUGCCGCCCACGCCAACGUCUGCCACUUUUCCCCUUCUCCCUUCCCCCCACCGCUUCCCCUUCUCCCUCCCCCCCGCCGCUUCCCCUUCUCCCUCCCCUCCGCCGCUUCCCCUUCUCCCUUCCCCCCGCCGCUUCCCCUUCUCCCUCCUCUCUUUCCCAUCACAGGAUGUGCGCAAAGAAGUGGCAUCGCUGCGGCCCUCAUCUCUGAGACCGAGCCCGCACACCCCAUGUCAACACCCGCCAUUUCCCCCCCCCCCCCCCCCCCCCCCCCUUCCACUCUCCCCCCUCUCCGUCACAGGAUCUGCGCAGGGAAGUGGCAACGCUCCGCCCUUCAUCUGA